AUGCAAGAUGCGCUCGUUGAAAGUCGCAGUUUACAUUCAACUAUCGGUAUCGGCUACAACCAAGUGGUGAUAAGUAAACGAGGCGGAAAGUUCUUCAUAUUUGGUCAAUCAUAAAAAAUAUAAGCUUUAAACGGAAACGGAAUUGCUGAUUUUAGAACAGAUAAUCAUCAGCCUUUUACCUGAAUCACCGUUGCCGUUGCCAAUAUGAAGCUUUUCCACAGCACAGCGAUAGCUGCGACGCUGCUAUGUAUUGCACUAUCUUUUGUUCAUGCGGAACCUCCAGUGAGCAACAGCUAUCAACCGCCGUCGAACAGUCCACCUGCUAGCUCUUAUUUGCCACCAGCCUCGGGACCGGCUACAUCAUAUGCUCCAAGUGCGCCCACUGGUGGUCCAUAUCCCAGUGCACAAGGUCCUCCCAGUUCAAGUUAUGGUGCACCACCGGGACCAGCGCCACCACCACCGCAGCGCCCACCGACUUCAUAUGGUCCACCGCCAAGCAAACCCUCUGCUAGUUAUGGACCACCACCCUCGUCUAGUUAUGGUGCGCCACCUAGUCCACCAAGUUCUAGUUAUGGUGCUCCACAGAAGCCUCGACGUCCAGCUAAGGUGCCCGCUUCAACUUACUCCGCCCCACAGUCACCGGUAGCUUUUUACGGACCUCCCAAGGCUUCGCCACCAGCACAGCCUGCCCCACCAUCUUCAAGCUAUGGCGCUCCUCCGGCUCCGCCAUCUCCCAGUUACGGUGCUCCUCCGUCUGCACCUUCAUCCAGUUAUGGUGCUCCUCCAUCACCACCAGCUUCCAGCUAUGGAGCUCCUCCAUCACCUCCAGCAUCAAGUUACGGCCCUCCAAAGAGCUCACCUCCAUCAUCCAGUUAUGGUGCUCCUCCGUCGCCACCAGCUUCCAGUUAUGGUCCUCCUUCUCGUCCUUCUCCACCAUCUUCGAGCUAUGGUGCUCCCCCAUCACCACCAGCAUCUAGCUACGGCCCUCCAGCUCGACCUUCACCACCUGCUUCAAGUUACGGCGCACCACCAUCACCACCCGCUUCAAGUUACGGUCCUCCAAAGAGCUCACCCCCAUCAUCAAGCUAUGGCGCUCCACCUUCACCACCAGCUUCUAGUUAUGGUCCUCCUUCUCGUCCUUCUCCACCAUCAUCCAGCUAUGGCGCUCCACCUUCACCACCAGCUUCUAGCUAUGGUCCUCCAUCUCGACCUGCUCCACCAUCAUCCAGCUAUGGCGCUCCACCUUCACCACCAGCUUCUAGUUAUGGUCCUCCUUCUCGGCCUUCUCCCCCAUCUUCAAGUUACGGAGCACCCCCAUCACCACCAGCUUCAAGUUACGGGCCUCCCUCUAGGCCUGCUCCACCAUCAUCAAGUUACGGAGCACCCCCAUCACCACCAGCUUCCAGUUAUGGUCCUCCUUCGCGUCCUUCUCCACCAGCUUCUAGCUAUGGUCCACCUUCUCGACCUGCUCCACCAUCUUCCAGCUAUGGUGCACCACCAUCACCACCAGCUUCUAGUUAUGGACCUCCUUCUCGCCCUUCUCCACCAUCUUCCAGCUAUGGUGCUCCCCCUUCACCACCAGCUUCUAGUUAUGGUCCACCUUCGCGGCCUUCUCCACCAGCUUCCAGCUAUGGCCCUCCAUCACGACCAUCUCCACCAUCCUCCAGUUAUGGUGCACCACCAUCUCCACCAGCCUCAAGUUAUGGACCACCCAAGAGUUCACCACCUUCAUCCAGCUACGGUGCUCCACCAGCACCGCCUUCAUCUAGUUAUGGAGCACCCGCAGCGCCAGCGCCACCAUCUAACUCAUACUUACCACCAUCCACAUCCAAUUCAAAACCUUUUGCUCCAUCAAAACCGGCUCCACCCUCCACAUCGUAUGGUGUACCAACCGGAUAUAGUGCACCCGCACCCGCUCCGGCUCCAGUCCCUUCGUCAAGCUAUGGUGCUCCCGCUCCAGCUCCAUCACAAAGCUAUGGCGCACCUGCUCCAUCAUCUUCAUAUGAAGCCCCAUCAGCACCGUCGUCUAGUUAUAGCGCACCAAGUGCCGGCGGCAAUGGUGGUGGAUUUGCACCCUCUGCUCCACCUUCUUCAUACAGUGCACCACCACAAUCAAGUCUAUCCGGUGGUAGCUACAGUGGACCGAUAUCUGUACCAGAGACCAUACCUCAGAGUUAUUCCUCCGACGGUGGUUACAAGUACCGCAAAUAGACCUUUCAACCACAAAAAAAACCCUGUUAGGAGAGGCAUAAUUCAAUUUCUGCCUUGACUUAAAACACAUUUGAAAAUUGUUUAGGUUUAUAUGGGUGCCUUCAAAAAACUCAGCGUUGCCAUUUCUUCGCCUGUAAUGAAGUUAAACAUACACACAUACUCGUACAUCUCUCAUUUCUCAUUACAAGCUCAUGUUCAAGGUUCGAUUUCGUUUGUAAACUAUGCUCUAAGUUUCAUAAAUAUGUAUCAAUUCUACAUAUGCAUAUAAGUAUUAAUUCUUUUCUUCAUCUCUCCAUCUCUAUGUAUUUCAUGUAAAAUAUUUGUGU